CAAAAGCGCCUUGGAAUUGCGUCAGUUGGCCCAUGGCGCGACCAAAGCAGCGCCUGGACAGAGACUCUUUUCCGCAAAGACGCAUUCAGAUACAGCUGUUACAAUGACGCAAAUUAAUAGCGCACCAGCGGCGCCUGCAAACGGCCGCGAUGAAACGCUUGAGUCGGUCGACAUCGCUAUCAUAGGCGGAGGGCUCGGCGGGCUCGCGGUGGCCGCGGGCCUGCGGCUGCGCGGCAUUGACGCGCACGUGUUUGAGGCGGCGCCCAAGCUUCGCAACGAGACCAGUACCAUGAUCAGCCUGGGCCCCAACGCCUGGGUGGCGCUGCAGGAGCUGCAUCCCGAUCUGCCCGCAGACCUCAAGCGGCGCGGUGUGGAGGACUGUCAGGUGAUAACACGCCUGCGGCCGCCGCCCGAGGCAGGCAUGGAGCCCACCACCAUCGAGCGACCCCCCGCCGCCUCCCGCCUCACAACCAUCCGCUGGGCCGAGACCCAGGAUGCCCUGGCUCUGCUGGUGCUGGACGAGGUGGUGCACUGCGACCACCCCGCCACCGGCUACACCGAGGAGUGGGAGGAGCCGCAGGAGCAGCAGCAGGGGCCACAAGAGGCAGCGGCGGGGGCAGAGGCAGCGGGGCCGGGGGAGGCAGCGGGGGCGGCGGGGGCAGCGGGAACUGGGGCAGUGGGGGCGGGGGCGGGGGGCCGGCCGGCUCGCAGUGUGGUGGUGCACUUCCGCGGCCAGCCCAGUGUGCGGGCGCGGCUGGUGGUGGGGGCGGACGGCAUCUUCAGCGCCAUCCGCGCCGCCAUGCACCCGGGCGAGCCGCCGCCGCGCUACCUGGGCCACAUGAACUGGAACUGCCUGCUGCACAACCCGGGCGGCAACACAGUGGUGGACGCACACAAGCCGGGCCAGGUGAUCUUCACCACCGACGGCGCCGUCAGCGCCACAGAGCGCCGGGAGCCCUCCCUCAUGAGCUAUGUGUGCGACGCCGGCGGCGGCUACACCUUCUGGCAGGUGCGCAUGCAGUUCGACCAGCCCUGCUUCACUGUGGACCUGCUCCGGCAGCGGCAGCGGCAGCAGGAGGGCCUGCAGCCGGAGGAGGCGGCGGCAGGCGCCGACGCCGAUGACGGCGGUGCGGAUGAGGGCAGCGCCAAUGUGGUGCUGGGCGGCGGCGGCGCGGGGCGGCGCGGGCGCGGCGGCAUGGGCGUGCCGGGUAGCAAGGAGCGAUGCCUGGAGCGACUCAAGGCCGCCGGCUGGGACUGGAUGGUGCCGCUGGUGGCGGCCACGCCCGAGCCCGUCAUCUUCGAGCGGGCGCUGUACGACCGCCUGCCCCUGGACGACUGGGCGGCGCCGGGGCGGCGGGUGGUGCUGCUGGGGGACAGCGCACACGGCAUGCACCCGGGCCCGGGGCAGGGCGCGCGGUCGGCGUUCGAGGACGCGCACCAGCUGGUGUUGGCUCUGGAGGCGCUGUGGCCGGACGUGCCAGCGGCGGUGGAGAGGUACCAGCAGGCGCGAGUGGUCAGGGCCAACCGCGUGCUGGCCUUCGCCUCCGAGAGCUGCGGCCUGGCGGCGGUGCGGCAGGCGGCGGCGCCGCCGGGCCUCACGCCAGCGGAGCUGUGGGAGCGCAGCUUCGAGUUCCGGGCCUGGUUCGACCAGUACCCGCGCAACAUGCACGGCGACCCAGACGCCAAGUAUUGGAAGCCGCCGCCGGGCUCGCAUCAGGGAGAGGUGGCAGGCGGCGUGCCGGCGCUAGGGGGGCGCGGGGCGGUGGCGGCGGCGGCGCCGGCGGGCGCGGAUGGCGAGGGCGGCGAUGGCAGUGCUGGGGGUGGUGGUGGUGGUGGUGGUGGUGGGAAGGAUGGUGACGGGCGGGCGGUGGCGGUGCGGGUGGAGGCGCACGACGGCGUCAGUGACGGCGCCGCCACGGGAGCCGUGGGCCCGAUGGGCCAAGGCGCGGACGGCGUCAAGGCCCGUGGGCUCUGAAGGAUUGAAGGUGCGGGGGCAGGCAGGGCAGGCGGCAGGCAGGGCAGGCAGCGGCAGCGGCAAUGACCUUACCCGGCUCUGCGGCUUGGGCCAUGAGGCUCUCUGUGUGUGGUGGGGGGAGCGUAGGGUCGCCGCUUUCCGCCCCGCAUUAGAUCGCUCCACGUACUGCGGCUCUGCUCAGGUUGGCGAGUUGCGCAGGUGGCUGUUGGGUGUGUUUAUGUUUGCGCACAAGCUACUGGCUGGGGGUGCUGGAGCCUAGAGGCGCAUGGGCUGCCACUGGGUCGCGGGUACUGGCACAAUGACACGUGUGUGCGAUGGGGCAGGGUAAGAGGCAGGUUGGCUUAGUGCCGUAGUGAGGUGCAGUUACAGCGGUUGCAGCAGGUGUGCAAGCAGGCACACUCAGACACGUGAGGGGCUUGAUAGACAAUACGGCUACACACGUUGACAGACACCGCGGGUGAUGGCCAAGUCCGCUGAUGGAGCCAGCGCGAGAUCAGGAGGGUCGAAGAGGCCGUGCAAAGCAGCAGCGUCGUGCCUUGAAAGAGGAGCAUGUGCAGGCAUGUGCGUAAGGCUGAGCAAACAUGUACGUAAUGAACAUAGCGGGUGGUGCUGGUGGCGCACUGGCGCACAGGUCUUGCGGGGAAGGGGCAGGGCAGAGCAGGGCGGCGGCUGGAAGGCGGUGGGGCUGCAGAUUUGUGGCUGUGGACGAAUGAGGGAGGCAAGAAGACGCGAAACGUCUGCUGACACUGCUAGCACGUGCAAGACGCGUUUAGACCAGUUGUCAUAGCGCAGCAUACUGUGCUGCGCAUUUCCAACACUGAGGAGUGGCUGAUGACAGAUUGACAGAGCGAGAGCGAAUGCCGUAAACUGGAUCCGGUAACUUUAAUUGUGAGGG